CCAUUGUAGCUCUAAUGGUAGAGGGAAACUCAAAAGCUUGGAAACUCAAACUUGAUAAGAAAUUGGUAUCUGUAUGUUAUUCAGCUAUAUUUGUGGUAUCAACGAGAAAUGUUGUAUCUGUAUGGGCAUGUCGUAAGAAAGGACCAACAUAUGUAGCCAUAUACAGCCCUUUAGGAGUGGUCAUUGCACUUAGCAUGGGAGUAAUAUUUUUGGGAGAUAAUCUUUAUCUUGGAAGCAUGAUUGGAGCUGCUAUUUUAAUUAUUGGAUUUUAUGGUGUAAUUUGGACACAAGCUCAAGAGAAACAAGCCAUAAGUGAAAAAAGUAUUCUCUCAUCUUCUUCAUCCCCUUUGUUGUCAAACAAAAGCAUGGAUCUCUAGUGGCUAUGGCUCUAAUUUUAUAA